ACACUGAAACAAUUAAAAAUAGAACGUAUUUCUACGUUUUUGGGAGCAAAUGAGUUAAUCUGUUAUCCAAAAGAAAAAGUCAUUCAAUUCAAGCCUAAACGGCGCAUUUACCCGCAGUUGAAUAAUUAGAUGCUGAUGAACGCAACACAACAAACCCGCAGAAGUGAGCGUCGCCCGCAAAAUGAUACUAAAGUGGAUGUUCUAGAUCGUGGGAUGACGUUGCUGAAGAGCCGGAGCAGCCACGUGGAAACCAAAGCGUCGAAAUAACCGAGCGUUCUCACAGCGUCGAGCCUCUCUCUCCGGCUCGGCGUGUUUUUUGCUUUCCAGCCCUCUGCCCUGUUUCCCCUCCCCCUCGCCAAGCCAAUGCUAUUUCCUCCCAAGUCUCCUCUGCGGCACAAAAAGCGACGCCGUCACUUUUCCGACACGGGCUCGGCGAUGGGUUAGCGUGUUCGCGCGUCAAGGAUGAAGAGGUUCGUGACCAUCGUCUUGCGCGGUCUGCUCAGCCUGUCCAAGGAGAACCCCGUCUGGGCCAAGGAGCGCCAUUGGUUGCCCAAAAAGGAGAUCAGACGGAAAAGGAGGGCGUUCCGAAGUGCCAGAAGCGCCGGCGGACGCAACUUAGUCAAGGCGAUGAUACUGACGGUGUACCUCAGCGACGGAGAGCAGGCCCUGACGGAGGUCCCCAUCACCCCCGAGACCACCUGCCGCGAUGUGGUGGAGUUCUGCAAAGAACCCGGAGAGAACGGCUGCCACCUGGCUGAGGUCUGGAGAGGAAACGAGCGAGCCAUCCCAUUUGAGCACAUGAUGUACGAACAUCUCCAAAAAUGGGGACCCCGCAAGCAGGAGGUGAAGUUCUUCUUGCGGCACGAAGAUUCUCCCACCGAGAGCAGCGAUCAGGGGAGUCAGCAGUCUCAGGAUCAGACGGGACGGAGGACCGGCAACGCUGGAGAGAAGCACAAUGAGAACGGGGUGGGGAAUCCUCGCGUGGAGCUGACGCUUUCCGAGCUCCAGGAAAUGGCCACCAGGCAGCAGCAGCAAAUUGAAGCUCAGCAGCAGAUGCUCGUCGCUAAGGAGCAGCGUUUACGCUACCUGAAGCAGCAGGAGCGACGUCAGCAGCAGUCGGCCACCGAGAGCGAGAAGCUGCAGCGGCUGAAGGAGCGCGUGGAGAGUCAGGAGGCCAAGCUUAAGAAGAUCCGUGCCAUGCGGGGUCAGGUUGACUACAGCAAGGUCAUCAACGGAAACUUGUCCGCAGAGAUCGAGCAGGUGAGCGGACUUUUCCAGGAGAAGCAGGCCGAGCUGCAGGCGGCCGUGCUGCGGGUGGAGCAGCUCAGCCUGCAGUUGGAGGACCUGCGUCGGGGAAAGCUCAAUGGCAUUCAAACCACCCUGGGCGGACAAGUGACCGGCACUGCUGCACUGGAGCUCCGGAAGCUGUACCAGGAGCUCCAGAUUCGCAACAAGCUAAACCAGGAGCAAAAUAGCAAGCUUCAGCAACAGAAGGAGCUCCUCAACAAACGCAACAUGGAGGUGACACUCAUGGACAAGCGCAUCAGCGAGCUGCGGGAGCGCCUCUACAAGAAAAAAGCUGAGGCACGUCAAAAAGAGAACCUCCCUCUCAACCGAGCAAACGGCCCGCCGUCCCCGCAGCCGGCUACCGGCACGUUGGGGCGCGUGGCUGCCGUGGGGCCUUACAUCCAAGUACCCGUGCCGACCCGACAGGACGGCGGUUACGUCUUGCCGCCGGAACCGCUCAAGCCGCAAACUUUGGGUGUUAAUAACCAAGCUAACCAAGGCCGUGCCAAGUCAGACGGCGGCGCGCAAAAGCCGCCCGGCGGCACCUGGAAAGUGUCCGAUUUAGACAUCGUCGUGGACCCGCUGCCUGAGUCUCACCCGGGUCCGGGAGCAGCCUCUAGUUCUGACAGCACGUCCCCCGGCGACGCCGGUUGGCCCCCCGCGGCGAAAGGGGGCGCAUCCCUAAAGCCUCCCGAGAGACGAGACUCGGAUUCGCAAGCUAAGACCCCCCCUUCCGGCAGCCCCGCCGCCUCAAGUGCAGAAAAGUCGCCGGACUCCAAAAUGGCCGUGUCGUCCCCUUCCAUAUCCAAACCGCAACCGCCGCCGUACGGCUCGCACUUGUCUUCGGCGAGCUCCUUGGAGCGUCGCAAGGACGCGCCGCCCCCGCUGCCCCCGCCGCGGCAAAUGCCGAACCCCCCGGCGCCCGCCUGGGCCCGCGUGCCGCCCGCCACCGGCUCGUCCUCGCAGCAGAUCCAGCAGCGGAUAUCGGUGCCACCGAGUCCCACUUUCCAACCCCACGCGCCGCUCUUCCCGACCGGCAUGAGCGAGCGGUUGGACCCCCCGCCGGCCGUGGCGGUGCGCCCGUUCAUCCCGGACAGAGGGUCGCGGCCCCAGUCGCCUCGUAAGGGCCCGGCUACCAUGAACUCCAGCUCCAUCUAUCAUAUGUACCUCCAGCAGGCGGCACCGAAGAAUCAGCCACUCAAACCUGCACUCAAAGCAGUCUAUGGGAAACCUGUCCUCCCUCCCAAUUCGACACCCCCGUCGCCCCUGCCUUUUGUUCCGGCCGGAGGGGCCUUCCCGUUGCUCCAGGGUCCAGCCGGCGGCGUCGACGACACGCUAGAUGGCGACGCUGAGGAACAGGACGGCCUACGCCACACGGAACCGUUGGCUCCUCCCCCCAGCGUCGAGAACAUCCCACGCCCGCUCAGCCCCACCAAGCUCACGCCAAUGGUACACUCCCCAAUGCGCUACCAAAGCGACGCCGACCUGGAGGUGCUCCGGAAAAAGCUAGCAAACGCUCCGAGACCCCUGAAAAAACGCAGCUCUAUCACGGAACCGGAAGGCCCGAGCGGACCCAACAUCCAAAAACUUCUUUACCAGAGAUUCAACACACUCGCGGGGGGCAUCGAAGGAAGCGUCGGAUCGGGGGGCGGCAACGGCGCCGGCAACGGAACGCCCUUUUAUCAGCCGGCAAAUCCGCCGGGCUUUCUGGCCCGCGACCCGGCCGCCGACACGGACAACGGCAACCUUCCCUUGGACGCACUUCCUCCACCGCCGCCGCCCGAAGCGGAGGAACCGGGGUCGGAGGCGUCGCCCGUCGACCCCAACGACAACCGGCCGCUGCCUCCUCCUCCUGAAGGACUUUUGGACCCCGCCGAAGACGAAGGACCUGAAGAGGACGAGGACGACGACAACAAUAACAACUUGGAAAGCUCGAAAACUUUACCGAGCCCCGUGCUGGAGGUAACGUCUCCGGAGGAGAGCGGUAUCGCGCUGACCCAACCGUCACGCACAAACCUAAAGAAACCCGAGUCUGAGCGCACUGGCCACGGCUACCGCGUCAAAUUCAACCCUCUGGCUCUCCUAUUAGACGCGUCACUAGAGGGCGAGUUCGACCUGGUCCAGAGGAUCAUCUAUGAGGUGGAAAACCCCAGCACGCCCAACGACGAGGGCAUCACCCCGCUGCAUAACGCCGUAUGCGCCGGACACCACCACAUCGUCAAGUUCCUGCUGGAUUUCGGCGUCAACGUCAAUGCGGCCGACAGCGACGGAUGGACUCCGCUCCACUGCGCCGCCUCGUGCAACAGCGUCCACCUGUGCAAGUUGCUAGUAGAGUCGGGGGCCGCCAUUUUCGCUAGCACCAUCAGCGACGUGGAGACGGCGGCUGACAAGUGCGAGGAAAUGGAGGAGGGUUACAUCCAGUGUUCACAGUUCUUAUACGGUGUUCAGGAAAAGAUGGGUGUCAUGAACAAGGGCACGGUGUACGCGCUGUGGAACUACGAAGCUCAGAACCAGGACGAGCUGUCUUUCGCAGAGGGCGACGCCGUCACUGUCCUGCGGCGGCAGGACGACAGCGAGACGGAGUGGUGGUGGGCGCAACUGGAAGACACGGAGGGCUACGUUCCUCGCAACUUGCUGGGGCUCUACCCUCGGAUCAAACCUCGCCAGCGCACUUUGGCGUAACGCAGCACUCCUAAGAAGCAAGAGCAGCGAACAAAUGAGCCUCAUGGAUCUUCUCCCGGUGUCCGUUUUCAUUCCUAUUUACACUUUUUAGACAAGCACUCCAAAUCCUCACUCUACCGUUUGCACCCGUUCCAAAGUGCAGAUCUUUUAAAGGUAACCUGACUCGUUGCAGUAUUUCCUUUUUUUUUUUUCUCUCAACUUUCUCGUGGGUCAGUAUGAGUCAACAGAGCAACAGUAACGGUGCCAUGUUGCCGAAGUGACAUUUAAUUGCGUUUUUGUCUUUUUUCUUUUUUUUUUUUUUAAAUGCUUGAAGCUUGGAUUUGCAUUUAACAAAUAUAUGUAGAAAAGCUUUGGGGAAAUACAUAAGUACAUGAAAAUAAUGAUCAUAAAAACUAAACAAAAUAUAGAAAAUGACAUUGAAAAUUACAACUCUAACUUGGAAAAUCCUAAAAAAAAAAAAAAAAAACGGAAUUUUUUUUUUUUAGUUUUAAAAGAAAAGGAAGACAAUUAAAAAUAAAUAUUCAAGGAAAUAAUUUGGGGGUGGGGAAUAAAAAGAGCAAAUAAUUAUUAAAUUGCUCCUUAUUUAUAUUUCAUAAAUAUUUUACAUUUUUUAAACAUAUAUUUUAAACUAAUUUUCAGUAUUUUUAUUUAUCGUUUUAUGAUUUUUUUUUUUUUUUUAGGAUUUUUUAAAUUGUAAUUAAAAAAAAGGGAAGAAACUUAGGCAAUUAUUUUUAAAUAAACAUAUUUUAGGAAAUAUUUUUCUUUGAAAAUAUAAAUUUAAAAGGAGCAAAUUAUGAAUACAUUUUUCUCUGAAAUACAUUUUAAUUUUCUUUUUAUGAUUUUCAAUAUAUUUUUUAAGUCAUAAAAGAAAAAAUAGUUUUAAAAAAAUGCUAAAGAAAAUAUUUUCUGAAAAUCCAUAUGAAAAAUGAGCAAUUUCUGAAUAAAUUGCUCCUUUUUUAAUUUCCGAAAUAUAUUAAUUUUUAAUCUUUUCAACAUAUAUUCAAUUUUCACUUUUUUAAAAAAUAAAUUUUCUUUUUAUGAUUUUUAUUUUCGUAUUCUCUUUACUAAAAACUAAUAAAAGAAAUAUUGUAGAAGAAACUUGGACAAUAAAAAAUAAAAUAAAAUAUUUUUGUCAAAACAUGAAAAAUAAAAAUGAGCAAAUUAUUUUUUUUAAUUUUUAUUUCCAAAAUAUAAUUUUUUUCAUAUACUUAUUUAAUGAUCAAUUUUUAUUGCCCUUUUAUGGUUUUAGGAUUUUCUCAUUUUUAACUGUAUUAAUAUUCUAUAUUUAGCAUUACUUUUAUGAAUACUAUUUUCAUGCAUUCCUCCAAUGCUUUAUGUACAUUUGCUAAAUAUAAAUUCAACCCUCAAGGGGUUAAAACACAUUUUCUGUCUGUUUUUAACCACCAAAAAUGGUUUGUUUCCAAAUAUAUGGCUUUCAAUGUUUUCUCCUUAGAUAGUUAAACAACCACAAAAAUUCGAGAAAGACAUUUUCUAAUCACGUUCAUUCACUAGCUGCAAUUUUGGACGUCUCUCGCUGUCAAUUAACAAACACAGGCACCUGACUUCAAUUUCAAUAGUGUUCUCUCACAAGCCUUCCAAUCUCAGGACCGACGCCGAUAACACUCGAGUGUUCCUAUUUUUACGUUCCGGGAGCGACGAACCAAACACGACCUGUUCCGAGACUCACUUUCCGUUCCUGUAUUACCUUCCCGCGCAUGUACGUUGUGGUACAUGCCGGUUACCUGAAACUCCACAGUGUGUUUUCAUCCUCCAGCGGCUUCAUUUUUCUGGAUUUAAAAGCUGUACAUAACCAGAGGAGCGUCCUACCGUUGUUUGUUUGCCGUAAGGACGAGGUGGGAUUUCCUCUUAUUAAUGCUGUACUCCACACAAAUACAAACAUCUGUAAAUGUGAACAAUAAAAGUGAAGCUCUGGCAUGACUCGAGUGUGGAUUUUAUUUGUGCCGCCAGGGGGCGCGCAAGUAUCAGUGAAUUAUUUUAUUACAAGAAAGUACUAGGUGCUUGUCCACUGUGAGAGACUAACUAAAAACAAAAAUCCUGAAAUCACAGUGUAACGAUAUUAACAAUUUAUUUGUAUUAUACU